CAACCGCAGCUAGCGAUGAUAUCAUCUCUCAUUAAUACCCUGCUUUAAAGAGGUGGCAUAUUUUUCCAUUCCAUUUCAAAAGUGCUCCGCCCUUAAAGACGCCUUGUGUUGAGAGGCUGCAGUCUGAGGUGUGUGUGUGUGAGUGUGUGGGGACAUCCUCUCUGUGCUCGGGGAGCCUGCAACAUCCAGAGAGACUUUAAAACAAAAAUCCCCAGUUGCCUGGAAAUGAGAGGACGCUCCAGCGCGAGAAUUAAUCAGUAACUCGGGGAGUCAGGAGGCCGAUAGAACAGUGAGUGCCAGGAUACACGUUGAACGAGAGAGAGUUGGCUGCUUCCAAUCGCUCCAAGAACCGAGGAGAAACCGCAGGGCCCAGGUGGGUGUCGACCCCUCCCCACGGGACAAGAGCUUCCAUCUGGAUACAGGGCCUUGCGUUCCCCGCCCUCUGGACCUGCCCGAGAUGCCCGUGGAGACGUUGUACGCGGAGAUAGACUUUUCCCUUUCUCCGAGCUCCAAGGUACACCGGAUGCAGCGGAAGGCCAAUGGGGACAGCGGCUUCAGCUCCAGGUCCAGAAACUCCGACUCGGAUGACGAGUUGCUCGGCUACCUGUCCCGCGAGGAGCAGGAGUGCAUUUUGUUCUUCGACACCACGCUGGACUCCCUGAACGAUGACGUUGAGGACGGCAGCUCCAUCACCAGCGUCACGAGCGACCAUGUUUCCACCCCGACCAGGGUCAACUCCACAAGCGAAGAAAUCAUCGACUUAGUGUCCACGCGCCCACCCCCGGGAACCUUCAUCCCCAGAUACCAGAACAUAUUUCCAGUCGACCAAGAGGGAGGAAGAUGGCGGACGGAGGAGGACGUCCACGAGAGGUUUGCGGUGGUGGAACCGCAGGAACGGUCGCCGCCCCCGAUGCCCGCGCUGCAGAAUUUGCCGAAACAACGAAGCUUCGAGAUGUCGGUGGAUGACCCCGACGUGGACGUGGUGCGAGGGUUCUGCGGCCAGGCCAAGCCGCUGGGCUCGGUGCCGACGCCCAUGGUCAUCGCUCAGAAGAUCGCGGAGGGACGGGCGGAGAACGGCGUAACGCACCCCGUGUCCCCGUCCGAGACCAAGCCCUUUCCCCCUCCCCCCCAGGAGAAGCCGCGGGCCAGUCUGACCUCCCCCGUCGAGGCCAGGAUCUUCUCCUUCAGGAACCCCAAGGUCCAGAGGCUUCCGUCCAACAUCAGCAUCUCGGCGUCCAGCAAAGACUACAACAACACCAUCACCAUGGCAGCGGUCAAGGUGAAGGAACGCAAGGCCCAGGUCCUGGCCAAUCUGGGAGGGGCCGGCCUGCUGGCCGUCGAGUCCGAGGAGAAGCAGCUGCGAGGACCCGUCUCCAGCCCGAGGAGGACAUUCUCCCUCGUCCAUCCCGCCAAGACGCCGCCGCUGGUCAAACAGUCCUCGGACGAGACGGACAACAGGUUGUCCAACGGCCUCAGAUCGCCUGUCGGGAUGGCCGGGCCGUCUCCGACCCCAAAGGUCCACCCAGUGGCCCAGACUGCUCCCCAGUCCCCACCUCCAGCCACCGCCGCCGGCACCAAGCCCGCGCCGCGGAUGCCGCAACCGCCCAACGCCCCCGCCGGCGUCCAGCGGUCCCGCUCCUUCCAGAAGCCGUCGGCGUUCCGGCCGCAGGGAAUCACCGUCCAGUUCUCCGGCCGGGGCUCCACGGAUGAAUCGCGCAAAGAGGCGCUGCGGAAGCUGGGCCUGCUGAGGAUCAACGAGGACCAGUGAAUCCUCGACCCAGCGACUGACUGACUUGACCGACUGACCAUAGACACAAAAGUGCCGGAGUAACUCAGCGGCACAGGGCAGCGUCUCCGGAGAGAGGGAAUGGGCGACGUUUCGGUUCGAGACCCUUCCUCCGACUGACUGACUUCUUCCGGGAACGUCCGGAGACGCUCGCUUGAUUCGGGGGGGGUUGGGAUCGCAACGUCCUUUCAACACCGCCUGCUGGGUUUCUGCCGGAGAUCGAUCGUUCGAUGCCGACUUUCAUAUUCCACGAUCCGGCAGGAAGCUGUUCAGCCGCUCGCCAACAGAGGACCUCAACAAAGAUGGUCGCCGCGCCCCACGUGCAUUGCGCAAGGAUUCCAGCACAACUAACACACUUGGUGAACGUGGUUAAGAAGGAACUGUGCAGAUGCUGGAAAAUCGAAGGUAGACAAAAAUGCUGGAGGAACUCAGCGGGUGCAGCAGCGUCUAUGGAGCAAAGGAAAUAGGCAACGUUUCGGGCCGAAACCCGUAAGGGUUUCGGCCCGAAACGUUGCCUAUUUCCAGAAGGAUUUCGGCCCGAAACGUCGCCUAUUUCCAGAAGGAUUUCAGCCCGAAACGUUGCCUAUUUCCAGAAGGGUUUCGGCCCGAAACGUUACCUAUUUCCAGAAGGAUUUCGGCCCAAAACAUUACCUAUUUCCAGAAGGGUUUCGGCCCGAAACGUUGCCUAUUUCCAGAAGGGUUUCGGCCCGAAACGUUGCCUAUUUCCUUCGCUCCAUAGAUGCUGCUGCACCCGCUGAGUUUCUCCAGCACUUUUUGUCUAUCUACAAUCCGGUCUUGGUGAACCUGGCCACCGUGUACCAAUGAUUUGACCCGGACAAUUGCAUCUAGAGUUGAGAACUUUAAUUUAGCUUGCCGGUUGUCCUUGGCUACCGAGUCCUGUUUCAGUCUAGUUUAUUGUCACGUGUAACGAGGUACAGUGAAACGCCUCUGUUGCGUGCUAACCAGUCAGCGGAAAGACAAUACAUGAUCACAAUCGAGCCGUCCACAGUGUACAGAUACAGGAUAAAGGGAAUAACCUUUAGUGCAAGGUAAAGCCAGCAAAGUCCGAUCAAGGAUAGUCCGAGGGUCUCCAUUGAGGUGGAUAGUAGUUCAGGACCGGCUCGAAGGGCCAAAUGGCCUACUCCUGCACCUAUUAUCUAUUGUCUAAUGUCUAAUGUCUCUCUGGUUGAUGGUAGGAUGGUUCAGUUGCCUGAUAACAGCCGGGAAGAAACUGUCUCUGAAUCUGGAGGUGUGUGCGUUCGUUUUCACACUUCUGUACCUCUUGUCCGAUGGGAGAGGGGAGAAUAAUGUGUAAAAUAAUGGUCGUGUACCAUUCGGAGAUUAUUUGCCUAAAUUAUUAUUGCAGUCAUUACCUUUGAUGCAACUCAAUGAAUGAGCCGAGAGUGGGGAUGGGGGGGGCAGAUAGAUCGGCCAUGAUUGAAUGGCGGAGUAGAUUCGAUGGGCUGAAUGGCCUCAUCCUGUUCCAAUAACAUGGAACUUAUGCAAUUUGACAUCUCGUCAUAUUUUAACUUCCAUAUCUUGCUCCCAUAUCGUAUUGGUAAAGGUCUAUUAUAUUGUACAGUGACAUUUGUUUUGUUUUUGAUAUCAGUUGAUAUCAUAUUUGUAGUUCUGGUCCUCAGAGUGUCGAUAGGUCACAGAGUGCUGGAGUAACUCAGCGGGUCAGGCAGCAUCUGUGGAGAACAUGGAUAGGUGACGUUUCACAGAGUGCUGGAGUAACUCAGCGGGUGCAGCAGCAUCUAUGGAGCUAAGGAAAUAGGUAACGUUUCGGGUCGAAACCCUUCCGGGUUUCGGCCCGAAACGUUGCCUAUUUCCAGAAGGGUUUCGGCCCGAAACGUUGCCUAUUUCCUUCGCUCCAUAGAUGCUGCUGCACCAUAACUCAGCGGGUCAGGCAGCAUCUGUGGAGAACAUGGAUAGGUGACGUUUCACAGAGUGCUGGAGUAACUCAGCGGGUCAGGCAGCAUCUGUGGAGAACAUGGAUAGGUGGCAUUUCGGGUCAGUCUGACGAAGGGUCCCGACCUGAAACGUCACCUAUCUAUGUCACCCACUGGUCAGAGAGUGAUACAGCAUGAAAACAACCCCUUCAGCCAACUUGCCCACACCGACCAACAUCUCCCAGCUACACUAGUCCCACCUGCCUACGUUUGGUCCAUAUCCCUCUAAACCUGUCCGAUCCAUGCAUCUGUCUAAAUGUUUCUUAAACAUUACAAUAGUCCCACCUCAACUACCUCCUCUGGCAGCUCGUUCCAUACACCCACCACCCUUUGUGUGAAAAAGUUACCCCUCAGGUCUGUAUUAAAGCAUUUUCCCCCCCCCUCACCAUAAACCCUAUGUCCUCUGGUCCUCGAUUCCCCUACUCUGGGCAAGAGACUCUGUGCGUCUACCCGAUCUAUUCCUCUCAUGAUUUUGUACACCUCUAUAAGAUCACCCCUCAUCAUCCUGGCCUGUUCCACCUCUCCCUGGAGCUCAGAGACUGGAGUCCUGGCAACAUCUUCUUAAACCGUGUGGGAUAGAACUAGUGAACGGGCGAUCGAUUGCUGGUCGGCGCGGACUCGGUGGGCCAAAGGCCCCAUUUCCUCUAAACGAUACUAGACUGACACCUUCACAUAUUACAGAGGACAUUUGACCUUGUGUUAAGUCCUGCAUUUAGAGUUAUGCUGGAGGAUAUGAACCUGGUGUUAAAAUUGUUAAAAUAUUAAGUUUCUGAACAAAGGUUUUUGAUUAUAUCAGGGGAGUGUGCAUUGUAUUCAGCUUUGCCUGGUGAUUGACAAUGCAAUGCCUGCCAAGUAUCUAGGGUUACGCAGUAGUACAGCACAGAAACAGGCCAUUCGGCCCAACUCGCCUGUGCUGACAAAGGUGCCCCUUCUACACUAGUCCCACCUGCUGGGGUUUGGCCCAUAUCUCUCUCAAACCAUUCCUGUCCCUGUAUCUGUUCCUAUGUCCCUUAUAUCUAGUUAUUGCCUCAACCGCGCUCUCUGGCAGCUCAUUCCAUUCACCCUCCGCCCUCUGUGUGAAAACGAUGCCCCUGGGUUUAGAGAGCAGGCCCUUCAGCCCACGGAGUCCGUGCCGACCAGCGAUCCCCGCACAUUAACACUAUCCUACACCAUUUUUUAAAAUACAUUUAUACCCAAGCCAAUUAACCGACAAACCUCUAAGUCUUUGGGGUGUGGGAGGAAACUGGAGCACCCGGAGAAAACCCACGCAGGUCACAAGGAGAACGUGCAAACUCCGUACAGACAGCACCCUUGGUCAGGUUCGAACCCAGGUCUCCGGCGCUGUGAGGCAGCAGCUCGGCCUCGACGCCACCGUGCCGUCCUGAGUUCCCUUUGCUUCAAAGUUGCAUAAUAUCCCUUAUUGCUCUGUGACGGCCAAGAUCCUUGCUACUGGGUAUAACUUAGAACGGUAACAUAAUGUGAAAUGUCCAUUGAGACUUGGUUCAUGACACCAAAGGUGACUAUGCACCCAACAUAGUCUUCAAACAUAUUAUCUUUACGCAAUCUCUGUGUCUGUGUAGUCUAUGUUCUCAACUGAUCAUUCUGAAAUGUGAUUUUAAAAUGUAUUUACGCACGAUGCAUGCAUUUAAUAAUUCACAGGGUACUUUAUUAAUUUUGUUACUUAAAGUCGAUUAACUUUGUAAACUUGCAUUUUUUGAUGUGUCCCCUGAGGAGCUAAGUAUCGACAAUAUUUGUUCUACAAAUAAUAACUGUGAAAGGUUUCCUGUAAUAGUCUCAUAUAUUGGUGGAAGAUGUAUUUCUUAUUGGAAACAUUAAAAUAUUAAAUCAUU